GCUGAUUCCUGAUGACAGCUAUCUUAAGUUAUUUUAACUAAUUUUUGUUGUGAAAUUACUCGAGGCUAGACAUGGACGAAUCUUCAAGGCAGCACAUUGAGGAUUGUUUCCUGCGCGCGCCUAACGAUGCACGCAGCACAAAUGUGCCAGCGCCGCCAAAGGCAGCGGCCGACAAUACAUCACGCAAAACAGAGCUGCACGUGCUGCGCUUGAAUGACAAAUCACAGCAAAUGACCAUGGACACAUUACGCAGCAUACAUGGGCCGGAUUUCAAACUGGACGACAUUAGCAAAUACAAGGAUCGAGGACGCAAUGGUCAGGGUAUUAAACAUGCCUACUGGGAGGAUCGCGGCACAUUGAUGGUGCAGAGUGUGCAAGGUAUUAAGCCGGCCACCGGCAGCAGUACGCACGAUGAUGAUGAUCGUCUGCGUCGCUAUGCGCUGCUCAAGCUGGAAAAUUAUGGCUUCCCAGCAGUACACUGCCUGGAAGCCUAUGAUCACUGUUCACGAGAUACAGAGGCCGCUCUGCUGCUGCUCUACCAACGAUAUAUGCGUGUGCGCACCGACGAGACGCCAGCGCUUGAGCCACCCAGUGAGGCCGAGCUGCUGGAUAUGCGCGCCGACGAAAAAGAGGCACUGCAGUCCAUUUACGAUAAGGCCUAUGAGGAGCGUGAGCGCAACAGUGUGUGGAAUUUAAAGUUUAAGAUUGAGCAUUUGCUCAAGCACAGUCCGUCGGAGGUGCGCAAGGCACACGAGGCAGUGCUGGCUGCGCAAGCUGCCACGCGUCAAGCGGCGCUGGAUAAGAAGAAGAAAGCGCCGCAACGUUGUCGCAACUUUGAUCGCGAUGGCACCUGCAAAUUUGGCAACAAGUGUCGCUUUGCACAUUUGCCGCCGCUGUUGGCAGAGGAGCCAUCAACACCUGAGCGUAAGCGCACAGACAAUCUGGAUGAGAAUGAUAAUGAGCUGUGGUUCCAUGUGGAGGUCCGCUUUCCGCCCGGCAGCCGUUAUCCGUACGAGGCGCCCUAUAUUUAUUUGAAGACCACCUGCCAUGACAUACCGCACGAGCUGCGACUGCGAUAUGCUCGUCAUUUGUAUCAUGAGGCGCGCGAAAUCUGCCGCGAUGGCAUACCCUGUGUCUACAGCAUUUGCGAGCUGUUGCAGACCGAAGAGCUGGCGGGUCAUCUAUCCACAACAGCAUUUCCCACGCCCAAACGCUCGCUGUUCUACGACGAGCCAGCGUCGGGCACAGACGACAUGACCAAUGGCGCUGCCAGCGAGCUAGUGCGUCCCAGUCAUUAUGAGCGUGGCCAGACAACACGUCAGGGUGGCGACGGUGGCCAACGACGCAAUAUGGCACAGCUGGAGCAGGAGAAUCGACGUCUGCUGGAGACGUUUCAGCAGCGGCGCAAGGACGAGCGCUACCACAAGCUCAUUGCGGCGCGUCAGCAGCUGCCGGCGUUUGCUGAAAUGGAACGCAUAUUGCAGCUGAUUGACAACUCACCCGUGGUGGUCAUUUCCGGCGAGACAGGCUGUGGCAAGAGCACACAAGUGCCGCAGUUUAUACUCGACAAUUGGUUCUUCCGCGCACUGCAGCAGCCGCCCAAGACGCCACUGCCGCAUGUGGAGAUCAUUUGCACGCAACCGCGUCGUAUUUCGGCCAUUGGUGUGGCGGAGCGUGUGGCUGCCGAGCGGCUGGAUCGCAUUGGCCAGCUGGUGGGCUAUCAGAUACGACUGGAGAACAAAGUGUCGCCCAGCACUCGUUUGAGUUUUUGCACCACCGGCAUCUUGCUGCGUCGCCUGGCCUCUGACCCGCUGCUGAGCAAUGUCAGCCAUGUGAUUGUGGAUGAGGUGCACGAACGCUCCGAGGAGUCCGACUUCCUGCUGCUCAUUCUGAAGCAAAUAUUGCGCGAACGCAAGGAUCUCAAAGUUAUACUCAUGUCGGCCACACUGAAUGCCAAGCUCUUCUCUGAUUAUUUUGGUGGCGCUCCAGUGCUGGACAUACCCGGACGCACACAUCCCGUGCAGCAAUUCUUUCUGGAGGACAUACUGGAGAUGAGCGACUUUGUUAUGGAAUGCGAUACCAAAUAUUGCCGCAAGUUGAGAAAACAGGAGCAGGAGCUGCUGCUGCGCGAACUGGAGUUUGCCGAUGUGCAGGCCAGUGGUGAGCCGCCAGGUCAAAAGAUCAAGGACGAGAAACUAACCCUGGCAGAGACUUAUCUGCGUUAUGCUGAAUACAGCAAGACGACUUGCAAGAGCAUCUACCUCAUGGAGCCGAUGAUGAUUAAUCCAGAGCUAGUCGAGGCUGUGCUGCGGCAUAUUGUGGACGGGGAGCAUGACUGGCCACGCGAGGGCAGCAUCUUGGUGUUCCUGCCGGGCUUCCAGGAGAUACAGGCCGUGCAUGAUGCGCUGACGGAUAGCUCAAUGUUUUCGCCACGUGCUGGAAAGUUUGUGCUGGUGCCACUGCACUCGGCGCUGUCUAGCGAGGAUCAGGCAGCGGUGUUCAAGCGGGCGCCGGCGGGCAAGCGUAAAAUCGUGUUGAGCACCAACAUCGCGGAGACUUCGGUGACCAUUGACGAUUGCGUGUUUGUCAUUGAUUGCGGCUUGAUGAAGGAGAAAUGCUUCGACUCGAACCGCAACAUGGAGUCACUGGACUUGGUCUGGGUGUCGCGUGCCAAUGCCAAGCAGCGCAAAGGACGUGCCGGACGUGUUAUGCCCGGCGUGUGCAUACAUCUCUAUACGGGUUAUCGCUACCAUCAUCAUAUACUGGCGCAACCCGUGCCCGAGAUACAGCGUGUGCCGCUCGAGCAGAUUGUGCUGCGCAUCAAGACGCUACAAACGUUUGCCGCUCGCAAUACACUGGCGGUGCUGCUGGAAACGCUGGAGGCGCCCAGCGAGGACAGCGUGCUGGGUGCGCUGACGCGUCUGCGUGAUGUGGGCGCCCUGGAUGCCGAGGAUCAGCUGACGCCGCUGGGUCAUCACUUGGCUGCGCUGCCUGUGGACGUGCGCAUUGGCAAGCUGAUGCUGUAUGGCGCCAUCUUCCAGUGCCUGGACAGCGUGCUCACCAUUGCCGCCUGCCUCAGCAACAAGUCGCCGUUCGUCAGUCCGCUCAACAAGCGCGUCGAGGCGGACAAAUGCAAGCGGCAAUAUGCCAUCGGCAAUAGCGAUCAUCUCACCGUGCUCAAUGCCUAUCGCAAAUGGCUUGAGGUGCAUCGGCGUGGACACUUUGGCGCCAGUCGCAACUAUGCCACGGAGCACUUCCUGUCGCUCAACACGCUGGAGACCAUUGCCGAACUCAAAUACCAAUAUCUGGAACUGCUCGUCUCCAUUGGAUUUGUGCCCAUCAAUGUGCCACGUCGACGCAAAAACGCCACCGAUAAUAUACUCGAGCUAACAGGUGUGGAGCAGAACAUAAAUGGCGAUAACAAUCGUCUGCUCACAUCGCUGCUCUGUGCUGCGCUCUAUCCGAAUGUGGUGAAGAUAUUGACGCCGGAGCGGAUUUAUAUACAAACCGCUGGAGGCGCUGUGCCACGCGAGCCAGGACAUCAGGAUUUAAGAUUUAAGACACGUGGGGAUGGCUAUGUGCGCAUACAUCCGUCCUCGGUGAACUCUCAGGUAGCUGUCUUCCAAGCGCCGUUCCUGGUCUACCAGGAGAAGGUGCGCACCAGCUCGAUUUUUAUACGCGACUGCUCCAUGCUGCCGCUGGUGGCUCUCGUGCUCUUUGCCGGCAGCGAUUUCAAGGUGGAACUUCAUGGCGGCGAUUUUCUAUUUUUACUCGAGAGCGGCUGGAUUAUAUUGAAGGCGCAUAAUCAUGAGACGGCCGAGAUGAUACAGUGCCUGCGCUUGGAGCUGAUUAAGCUGUUGGAGGAAAAGAUACGGGAUCCAUGCCUCAAUCUGUUGCACCACAAGAACGGUUGCCAGAUAAUCAAAAAUAUUGCAUUCUUAAUAAGUCAUAAUAGCUGAAAUUUAAUCAAUAUGUUUCUUUGUUUAUUGCCUAUUUAUCGAACCCACUGCCGUACAUAUAUUUUAAUUACGGUACAUGGGUGGCAGAUAAAUCAAAUUAACAAAAUUAAAUAAUAGCAUAAUAU